UGACAGGAUGCUGAGCUUCAAGCUUUUCUGUUACAUUAGUGUUCUACAGAUUUCACUCAUGAUAGCUAACGCUAUCAGUGGACCAGAUCCUGUGGCCGUCUAUCCUCUAAACAGCAAGUAUCUAUCAAGAGAAAUUAAAGAUCGACUGCCCCCAGGUAUCCUCAGUGAUGUGUCUUUGGCACCUGGAAUCGAUGGAAAGGAAGGCGGCUCCUACCAAUUCGCAGGAAAUAUUGGCAGUUACAUUGAGUUUCCGAAUAAUGGAAGAUUAGACGUAAAGCACUCCAUUACGAUUUUAUGUUGGGUGUAUCCUCAGACCACAGGUGGUCCUCUCUUCCAGUACAGCGGUACCGAUGACUGGGGUGUUCACAUGUGGAUCGCAGAGGGAAAGUUGUUUGCUUUGUUCUCACGCAGGAACUACAAAUCCACAAUCUAUCUGUUUUACAAUGCUUUGGCUUUGGCUUUUAACCAGUGGCAUUACGUGGGAUGCUCGUAUGACUUCAUUUCCGGUGAGGCAAAUUUAUGGUUAAAUGGAGAAUCGGUGGUAAAGAUGAAUAUUGGAAAAGAGAUUGAACUUGCCACUCAAGAUGAAGUUCGAAUUGGUGCUGUCAACAUGGAUGAGCGAUACUUUCAGGGAAGAAUCACGGCCGCACAAGUUUAUGACGUGGCCCUGAACGCUGAGCAAAUAAAAGCCGUGGAAGGCGUUGGUCAAAGUGGUAAUUAUUCUAAGACUUUAAUUUAUGCCAACUGA